GGCCGGGCCGGGCAGGGCAGGGCCGAGGCUGUCACUGACACUGGCAUUGAGCAGCGCGGGAAGGAGCUGAGGGAUGGCGAGGCGGAGGCCGCGCUGCUGUAGCUGAGGGAGGGAGGGAGGGAGGGAGAAGCGGGCCCGGCGGCGGCGGCGGCGGCGGCGGCAUCACCCGGAGAGCAGCGGCGGCGGUACAACUCGCUGACAGGACAGGAUGGUCGCACUGAGGGGACCGCUCUUCCUGCUCCUGCUGUUUUUCAGCAGUUUUUUCGGCAGUAUCUUCCUGCUGGCUCCCCUCCUGCCACUCAUGCUGAUCUCCACGUCGCUGUAUCGCUGGAUCACAGAUCGCAUCAUCGCUACCUGGUUCACCUUUCCCGUGGCGCUGAUAGAGAUGGUGCUUGGGGUGAAGUUGGUGAUCACAGGCGAUGGCUUCUUCCCUGGCGAGCGGAGUGUGAUAAUCAUGAACCACCGCACCAGGCUGGACUGGAUGUUUCUGUGGAACUGCUUAUUGCGAUGCAGCUAUCUGAGGAAGCAGAAGAUCUGUCUGAAAGACACCCUAAAGUCCCUUCCGGGCUUCGGCUGGGCGAUGCAGGUGGCGGCUUUUAUCUUCAUCCGAAGGAAGUGGGAGGAGGACCGGACCCACCUGGAGGCCAUGCUGCGCUACUUCUGUGAGAUCAAGCAACCACUGCAGCUGCUCAUGUUCCCCGAGGGCACCGACCUGACACCCUUCACGCAGUUUCGGAGCCACGAGUACGCUGAGCAGAGCGGGCUGUCCAAGUACGAGUACGUGCUGCACCCACGUACCACCGGCUUCGCCUUCAUCGUGGACCAGCUGCGGAAAGGAGCUAACUUGGAUGCGAUCCACGACGUGACGGUGGCCUACCCCUACAACUUCCCCCAGACCGAGAGGCAGCUCUUCACCGGCAACUUCCCCAAAGAGAUCCACUUCCAUAUCUACCGGCACUCAGUGGACUCCCUGCCCUCCUCGCCGGACGGGCUGAAGGCCUGGUGUCAGCAACGCUGGCGAGCCAAGGAGAAGCUGCUCAAAUCCUUCUACGGGGGCCAGAGGUCCUUCAAGGUGCAGGGCGAGGGCCUGGUGCCACACUGCAAGUCCGAGCUCAGGGUUUUCCUGAUCAAAUGCGCCUCGCUGCUCUUCUGGCUGCCCUUCAUCGCUGCGGCCUUCGUGCUGGUCUAUACCUACACGGCCGCUCGCUGGUACUUCACCUCCAUCCUCCUUUUCUUUAUCUUCCAGGAGAAGGUCUUCGGAGGCUGUGAGGUCAUGGAGCUGGCCUGCCAUGCUGGGCUGAGGGGCCAGCGGCCGGCACAGCACCAUGCUGAGUGACAUGACUCCGCCCCACCCCCUCACUCCCCACUAUGUGCCGAGUGACCCCACCUGGGGAGGGAAGGGGGGCUUUGUCUCUAUGCUCCUUGUCCGUCGCACCCUAAGUGAAGAGUGUGGGGAGUGACCUUGUUGCCUCAAUGCCCCCAAUCUGUCUGUGUCUGUGUGUUCUUUUUAUAUUUGCAUGGAAAUGUAAUUUAAAAUAGCAGAUUUUCUCUCUUCGUGACGGGUGUCUUGCUCCCAUACCCGGGUGGAGCGAGCGGAAACAGAGCCUCUCUCCCUCCCUCCCUCUCCCCAUCCCCCACCCUGCCCCACUCACUCUGAUCUCAUUUUGCGCCGGUUUAAAAAAGUGAAGGCGCAAUUGUCAGACUGAAACAACGCAAAACAGGAGAGCAUUCCCUCUGCUGUGCGUCAUUCGUCCAGGUGUGCAUUGGGGGGGGUUCUUGACAACGGCUUGUGUAGGCAGUACCCCUCUUCCUCUUCACCCCCCCCCCCCCUCCCAAUGAGGCUGUUAUAGGACAAAGCGGCAGCUCUCCUCCCCUGAGCUCAGCGAUGAAAUAAACCCCGGGGGUCUCUGACCGGCAACAGGGAGUGUGUGUGUGUGUGUGUGCAGGGGGGGGUGCGUGCUGUCAGUUCCACUCAGCCAUUCUCACCAAUCAGCGAUUCAGACGCCAUGAAAGCACAGAUGUUGCACUUUCUCAGGACCUUGUUUCCCCACCCCUGUCCCUCGUGGUGUGAGUGAGCCAGCCCACACGGGGUGGCUGAGAUGUGAGUCCAGUGUCUGAUAGUUUUCUGAUUCCAUCCAUGUGGAGGACGAGCAGGGAGCCUGGCCACUGCUUUUUAUAUUCCAAUCCGUCCCGACUGACUCCUAGCUGUAGGUUCACCACACAAGCCUCGUAGAAAUGGGGACACGCAUGUCAUAUCUGUGUCGCCAUCAACACUCAUGUCGCCAUAUUCGUGGGACAUGCACACUUGGGAGGCGUGAAUAAGUACUCGUGUGCCCUGAAAGUGGGUGAUGUGCGUGUAGCCCGUCCUCAACCGGUGUCGUGUUUGCUGUUUGUGUUUUUUUAAGAGAGCUUGAUAGUAAUAAAUAUUCUUCAACACUU